AUGCAAUUACCACAUCCCUAUUCCAAGCGAAUUGUAGAGAUCGGCGACGUUGGAUUUAUAAAUGAUAGCGGCACCUUCAUAUUUGUCUUCAAUCUUUUUCUCCCGCGCAACGAUCCAUUGAACCAGUUGUUUCCAAAUAAGCUGCCAGAGGGCUAUUUCCCACUAGAUCCUCCCACCGACAACGAGAUUCUGAAAAUACCUGAUUAUUUUGCGCCUGGAUCUGUUAUUGCAAGUAAUGGUGUCGAUGUCACUCGGGUUUCCGAGUCUCCCCUGUACGUCUGGAAUUGUAUAUCUCUACUCAACGCUGAUAAUUGCGACAGUCACCUCAAGUUCAAGUCUUCAGAGCCAGAAGCGGUCGCCGUUGUCCUGCCUGAUGGUGCCAGCAGAGAAGACUUCAAAGGAAUGUCUCGCUUACAGGAACACCUAAAUACACACGCUGAACGUUGGAUGCAAUAUUUGAACAACGGAAGACAUUCGUAUUCCGUUCCCAACGGUGGCCUUUAUGUUGUCACAGGAUACGAUAAAGCACCAUCGCACUCAACGGCUCUAUUCCCCCACAAACGUUUUCUGGGAAGCAGGCAUGUAUCUUUCGAAUUCUCAAAUGAUUACAUGCAGUGUGCCAGUAAGUCUGGCAUCGUAUCUUAUGAGGGGAGAAGCUACGGGGGGGUUGAUCUUCAAGAACGUUGUUUAUUUAUUCGCGGGAUACGGAUUGCACUUUCCGACCUUGAGUGGAACGUGCAAAUCGACGAAAUAGAUUCCGACAAUACCCCCGUUUCGCAGUUGCCCUCAACUCCCCCUAUCUCAGACCUGGUGCUUCCCGCCAAGAUAGAUGACGAAGAGCCUCUUCAACUUGAGGCUGAGAUCAAUAACAAGGAGAUAAACCACGGUAUCGACAGUGACAGUGUGAAUAGCGACAUUACUCAAAACAACAAUGUCGAAGUCCGUAAUUAUCCAUUUCAUCCAUCGGAUCUUAUUCUUCAAUAUAUGUUUUCCAGGCGACCAGAUGCUAAACUGGCUUUUGUUGAUGAUUACACAUGGUCCAGAUUUGCAAAGACUGAUGAGAAGGUUGGACAUGGUAAACUCUCCAAGGCACCGUUAAUUUCUAGGUGUAUGCAGAGUGGCUUUAUUUCUGAUUGGGGCACUCUGCUGGAGGCCAUGUUUAAAUCCUGUCUCAUUGUCGAGACUGACGGGAUUUUGACUCUUAACCCUAAACAAAGCAACAACUUUUUCUUGGUGUGCAAAUCGAGAUCUAUUGUAAAAAUUAUUAUUAAUUUGUUUUCAGAAUUCCUGGUUCGACAAUUUACGAAAUCGACUUCACUCAAGGCAUUCAUCAGCAGAACCUGUUUGGGCUACGGAUACCAUUUUGGAUCUGGUUCGUCAAGGUGA